CCUAGCUGUACAAACAUUGAUAUGGGAGAAAGAAAGAGCUUAAAUAAAUCCGAUCAUCUCAUUUCUCAUAAAAAGACACAUUCAGAAGAGAAACCAUAUCAGUGCAUGGACUGCGGAAAGAGCUUUAGUAGGAAAUAUGCUCUGAUUCACCAUAAAACUUUCCAUACAGAGAAGAAGCCAUAUCAAUGUAUGAAGUGCAGAAAAACCUUCUGUUAUUAUGACUCUCUGGUGAGACAUCAAAGGAUUCACAAAGGAGAAAGACCUUAUAAAUGCAUGGAGUGUGGAGAGACCUUUACUUAUAGCAUUAAUCUUAAUUCCCACAAGAGGAUCCACACAGGAGAGAAGCCAUAUGAAUGCACAGAGUGUGGAAAGGCUUUUAGGCAGAGUAGUAAUCUUACCUCCCAUAAGAAGAUCCACACAGGAAGGAAACCGUAUCAAUGCAUGGACUGUGGAAAGACCUUUACUUGUACCAAUGAUCUUAAUUCCCACAAGAAGAUUCACACAGAAGAGAAGCCAUUUCAGUGUGUGGAAUGUGGAAAGAGCUUUAAGUGGAAUUCUGCUCUUACCUCCCACAAAAGAAUCCAUACAGGAGAGAAACCAUAUCAAUGUAAGGAAUGUGGAAAGAGUUUUACUCAUUGCAGUCAUCUUAAUUCGCACAAGAGGAUCCACACUGGAGAGAAGCCAUUUCAAUGCAUGGAGUGUGGAAAGACCUUUUAUAAUAAUCAUUCUCUUACAAGACAUCAAAGGAGUCACAAAGGGUUAAGACCUUAUAAAUGCAUGGAGUGUGGAAAGACCUUUACUUGUAGCAGUAAUCUUAAUUGCCACAAAAUGAUCCACACAGGAGAGAAGCCAUAUCAAUGCAUAGAGUGUGGAAAGACCUUUACUCAAAACAGUUAUCUUAAUACCCACAAGAGGAUCCACACAGGAGAGAAACCAUAUCAAUGCAUGGAGUGUGGAAAGACCUUUACUUGUAGCAGUAAUCUUAAUUGCCACAAAAUGAUCCACACAGGAGAGAAGCCAUAUCAAUGCAUAGAGUGUGGAAAGACCUUUACUCAAAAGGGUUAUCUUAAUACCCACAAGAGAACUCACACAGGAGAGAAACCAUAUCAAUGCAUGGAGUGUGGAAAAACCUUUACUAGUAGCAGUAGUCUUAACUCCCACAAAAGGAUCCACUCAGGAGAGAAGCCGUAUCAAUGCAUGGAAUGUGGAAAGACCUUUGCUUAUAAUAGUUAUCUUGAUUUCCACAAGAGGACCCACACAGGAGAGAAGCCAUAUCAAUGCAUGGAGUGUGGAAAGACCUUUUCUCGUAACACUUAUCUUAAUACCCACAAGAGGAUCCACACAGGAGAGAAAUUGUAUGAAUGCAUGGAGUGUGGAAAGACCUUUGCUUUUAGCAGUCGUCUUGAUUCCCACAAGAAGACCCACUCGGGACAGAAACCAUAUCAAUGCAUGGAGUGUGGAAAGAGCUUUAGUAGUAAAUAUGCUCUGAUUCAGCAUAAAAGCAUUCAUACAGAGGAGAAGGCAUAUCAAUGCAUAGAGUGCAGCAAAACUUUCUGUUAUUAUGAAUCUCUUAUAAAGCAUCAAAGGAAUCACAAAGGAGAAAGACCAUAUAAAUGCAUGGAGUGUGGAAAGACCUUUACUUGUAGCGGUCAUCUUACUUCCCACAAAAAGGUCCAUACAGAAGAGAAGCCAUUUCAAUGUGUGGAAUGUGGAAAGAGCUUUAAGUGGAAUUCUAGUCUUACCUACCACAAAAGGAUCCACACAGGAGAGAAACCAUAUCAAUGUAAGGAGUGUGGAAAGAGUUUUGCUCGUAACAGUCAUCUUAAUUCGCACAAGAGGAUCCACACAGUGUCACCUUCAAAUCCACACUAAUCACUUCAAACUUUGGGAGUCUUCAGCUCUUUUGGCCAGAAGAAAAUUGGUACUUUGUUUAGUCUGUUUAACUGACAUUGUCUUUCAACGUCAACUACUCAUAAUUCCUGAGCUGUCUUCUAUACUGAAAAACCGAAAGGAAA